AUGGAGAACCUCGAGACACUACGUCCUGUUGGUCGAUUGGAACAAUAUUCAACGUCGCGCCACCAGGUCGGGUUUUAUUUAAAUGUUGCUGUAUCAGCAACUUAUUUCCUACCAGAUUCAUUUGUGCUUCCUGUCAAAGACUAUGUCUAUCAGGCAUGCGAGGCUGCAAUAGCUCAACAUCCGUCGCUAUCCGCCAUCGUGGCAGACGACCACACACAAGACCCCUAUUUCGUGCGGCUGCCAGAAAUUGAUCUUGACCAAGUUGUAUCUUUCCAGGACAGGAAACCAGGCUUGUUAGCUACCGAAGCCGAUGGCGAGCCUACUCCAGAUCUUGACUUGCAAACCUUGCUUGCAACCCAACACAACACUCCUUUCAGGGCUCCAAACCCCUUCUGGAGAGUCUGUGUCCUUUUAGAUGUGGAGGAUGAGCGGCAAUUUACUGCGGCGUUUGUAUAUCAUCACGCCAUUGGCGAUGGAACCUCCGGAAAAGCCUUUCACCAGACCUUCCUACGAGCCCUGGGGGCAAUGGACUCCUCUGAUCAGACUAAAUCCAUUAUCAAGUCACCGCAGCUCCCUCUCUUGCCAAACAUCGAGCUUGUGCAUCCAAUGUCUCUUUCCUUAUUCUAUCUUGCCAAGAAAAUAUUCCAAGCUAAAAUCUACUCCCAACGACCCACGGGUCUAUGGACCGGCUCCAAGGUCAUAGUCCCCUCUCAAACCCGCCUACGGCUCGUGCCAUUCUCCAAACUAGUCGUCGGUGCAAUAAGAGACAGAUGUCGACAAGAGGGUACGACGAUCACUGCACUUCUGCAGACAAUCGUUGCUCGCUCCAUCUUCGCACAUAUCCCGCCUGAGUUCACGCGACUCGCCUGCACCGGUGCACUGUCAAGCCGGCGCUGGCUGCCAGAUAUUAUCACUGAUGAGUCAAUCGGCGUCUGGGUCCAGGACUACGAAGAGACAUAUUCCCGGGAUACAGUCGCUCCGUCCGACGGUUCCUUCCCGUGGGCAGAGGCUAGACGAUCCCGUAAGACGAUUCAGUCUGUCUUGGAAAUGGAAGGGAAGAAUGCUAGCACGAGCCUACUACAAUUUGUCGAUAAUUUUCAGGAGGAACUGUGUUUGUCUAAAGUUGGCAAAGACCGCGAUAAGAGCUUUGAGGUGUCAAAUAUCGGUGUUUUGGACCCGCAAACCAAUUCCGACCUGCCAUCCAUCAAAGGGAUGGUCUUUUCGCAGUGUGCUAGUGUGAUGGGUAAUGCCAUUGAGGUGUCAGCUGUCACUGGGGGAGAUGGGUGUUUGGUGCUAGCUGUCUCUUGGCAACAGGGGGUUGUGGAGGCUGAUCUCUUGAAUGAGGUCGUUGAGUCGACUAAGCAAGAGUUAUACUCUAUCGAAGUGGUGUAA